AUGUCCGUGUGUGUGUGUGUGUGUGUGUGUGUGUGUCUGUGUCUGUGUCUGUGUCUGUGUCUGUGUCUGGCCUCCGGAGACUUGCGGUGUGCCCCGAUGAAGCCCGCGGCUGUGGGGCGGAUUGCUGAGGCCACUGGCGCUUCGGGGAUAAACAUCACAGACAGCACCGAAAUUCACCCAGCUUGCGUUACCAUUUGCCCGCACGGGCAUUCCGACUUGCGGUCUGCCGCACUGUCCAUGCGGCAUGCACCUGGGAUGGAUGCGAUUCACGUGGAGCCCGCAGAGGGUGCCGACGAUUCCGCCGGCAAUCAUGAUAGGGAUGAGCGGGAGCCAAAGGAAACAUUUAAAAGCAUUAUGGAGAUUACUAUGAAGACCUCGUUGCGUCACAUCCGCCUACGAUGA